AUGAUCAGUUUCUUACAUCAUUCGUCAUCGCUUUCGGUAGCUUUCGGUUCAAAGGCCCAUCUGGCUCUUGCAUUUUUCCAUCAUAGAACUUUGGAUGCCUUCUCACCUAUCGAUAGGUUUUUAGAAACAUUGAUUGCAUGUAAAUGUGAACCUCAUCAAGAUUUAGAGGUCAUGCCUUGUCACGUAGGCACAAGAUCAUCUCAACAAUUUACCAUUCGUCCACCAGUCCAUCGACCUAGCUUUUUGAGUGCUAUCGAAUACCACGAGAUGCUCAGCGAGUUGAAAAAGAUACCUUCUCAACCCGACACUGGAUUUCUUCCAAGACGGCGUGGUAGUCGUUCGCUUGGAGAAAUGGAUUUUGAUCGAGUGGCUAUAUCUCGAUCUAUUCACUCGACCCCUUCAAGUCCUACAGAUUGUCCUUCACAUAGCACACCUAUCGAUUUUUUCAAUUACAGCUUGAACCAGUCUUGUCCUUCACAACGCUCGCUACCGAACACAAGGAGGGAAGCCACGAAUCCUGAACCAUCUUCCGCUCACUCCGAUAUCUCAUGUAACGCGACCUUGGAUCACUUGACUUCUCCGACAAGGAGUCAAAUCACAAACGAGACUGAUCCAGCCUUGGGUGCACCAAUUGUAAAACAAGACGUCAUGAGAAGUAACUCUUUUGACUCUGAACUACCAAGAGCCUCUCAAAGUGAAAUUCGUAUGAAAACAAUUACUCGAAGAAUAUUCAAGAUCAUGUUUCCAAUGACAGAAAAUUUUUGGGAAAAAAGUCUAUUAGCCAAGAUAGUCGGAGUCUCUUCCUUACCGGCUGUAAUUCUUUUUAACUUGACUUUACCAGUGGUACGUACAGAUCAAACCGAAGCAAAUGAAGAUGUGCAAAUUAGCAUGAUAGGUGAAGGUGCGAUAGGCGAGCUAGGAGACGAAGAGAAUAGAGUUGGACAGGUUCCGCGUAUCCAAAUCACAACAGCUGAUAGUAUCAAAUCAAGACGUAGCACAGAGGAACUUAUGGAAGACGUGAAAUUAGGAGAAGAACAAAUUAUGAAAUUCUUGAGAGUGGUUCAGGUGAUCAUUGCACCUAUAUUUUGUGUGAUUGUAUUUUGGCCAGAAAAUCAAACGGAAAAAGACUAUCAAAUUUAUAUGGGAGGUGCCGGUAUUAUUGGUUUGCUGAGCGGGACUUUGUUUGGGCUGAUAGGUGAUAGAUGGCGUGGAAUGUAUAUGUGCUUGGCAAUGGUGGGAUUUGCGGUCUCGAUCGCUUGGAUCUCUACUAUCAUCAAUGAAGUUGUAGGAGUGCUAGAAUGUAUCGGUAAAAUUUUGGGCUUAUCAAAUGCUAUUGUCGGUCUUACGAUUUUUGCUAUUGGAAACUCUUUGACUGACUUAAUUUCAAAUUUAACGAUGGGUCGCAUGGGAUUUCAGGUGAUGGCAAUCUCAGCUUGCUAUGGAAGCCCAUUACUCAAUCUUCUUCUUGGAGUUGGACUCUCUUCAACCUAUUUAAUCGGAAUUAGUGAAAGUCAAGGUCCUUAUGUCAUUGAUUUUCCACUUACACUUAUCGUUAGCGCUAUCGGAUUACUGUUUAUUCUUUCGGCUACUUUGAUCUUUGUGCCAUUAAAUGGGUUUCGAAUCGAUCGAAGAUGGGGUUUUACUUUGAUCUUUAGUUAUUUGGUUAUCUUCUCGAUUAACAUAUUGGUUGAACUUCGAACUUCUACUGAUUAA